AUGGCUCCCGUCAACGUGGCCGUCUUCUCGGCCAAGCCGUACGACAAGAAGUACCUCAGGACCGCGCUGGCCCAUCGCCAGGCGACGACCUCCAACGCAGGCGACGUCGCCCUGGCCUUUCACGACUUUGCCCUCAGCACCGACACGGUCCCGCUCGCACGCGGGGCCACGGCUGUGUGCGCGUUUGUCAACGACGGCCUGGGCGUGGCCGUGCUGGAGGCGCUGGCGGCCGAGGGUGUCGGGGCGGUGCUGCUGCGCUGCGCCGGCUACAACAACGUGGACCUGGCGGCAGCCGAGCGACUCGGCCUGUUUGUGGCCAGCGUGCCGAGCUACUCGCCCGAGGCCGUGGCCGAGUUCAGCGUGGCGCUGCUACAGACGCUCAACCGUCAGACACACCGGGCCUACAACCGCGUGCGCGAGGGCAACUUCAGCCUCGAUGGCCUGCUCGGCCGCACGCUGCACGGCAAGACGGUCGGCAUCGUCGGCGUCGGUCGCAUCGGCAUGGCUGCUGCCCGUAUUCUUCGUUGUGGCUAUGGCUGCCGCGUGCUGGCGUUUGAUCCGCACGCAAGCGACGAGGCCCAGGCAGAGUUUGCGGCGUUGGCGGGGACAACCUCUGGAGAGAAGUCUGUCCAAGAUUCUGUCGGAACCCCUGAGAACUCCGACAGCUCUAAAAACUCCCUCCUUCAUCCAGCCACCCCCAACUUCCUCCCCUCCAUCGCCGCCCUCCUCCCCCACUGCGACUUCAUCAGUCUUCACUGUCCUCUCACCGAGUCGACCCGUCACCUGAUCAACGCUGACGCCCUCGCCCACGCCAAACCCGGCGCCCUGCUCGUCAACACGUCCCGCGGUGGCCUCAUUGACACCCGCGCCGUCAUCGCCGCCCUCAAGGAACACCGCCUCGGCGGGCUCGCCCUCGACGUCUACGAGAGCGAGGGCAGCCUCUUCUACGACGAUCACUCGGGCGACAUCAUCGACGACGACCAGCUCAUGCGCCUCAUGACCUUUCCCAACGUCAUCGUCUGCGGCCACCAGGCCUUCUUUACCGAGGAAGCCCUCACCGAGAUCGCCGCUGGUACCCUACAGAAUCUCGACGACUUUCUGCUCGCACGGCCCUGCAAGAACGUUUUGGUCCGUGCCCACGUCCCACUACCCUGUAGCAGCAUCACGUGGCUGAAUCAAGUCGUACCGCCCCACUGUCCCGUGACCUGUGGCGUCAGCCACGCAACGUCACUGCCAAGGCAAAAGCUAAAAUCGCCUUGUUUACGGGUCGAUGCCCAUUCUCAAUCUAACAUCGAUGGACUGGACGCCCAAUGCACGCACCGGACCAUGGACUCCAACCAAACAGACGAGUGUCCCGGUGACAUCUACGUCGCGCCCGGCAACAAGGACAUUCAGGUGCAGCUGGUCAUCUCGCUCGCCCUCGGUCUCUUUGGCUUCUUCUCCUUCUGCAUUCUCCGGCCACGAUGGAAAUCGCUGUACGCCGCCCGGCGGCAGACGGUCCACGCCUCGGCCGCGCUGCCCGUGCUGCCCGAUUCGUUCUUCGGCUGGCUGCCGGUGCUGUAUAACAUCACCGAGGACCAGGUGCUGGCCUCGGCCGGUCUCGACGCCUUUGUCUUCCUGGCCUUUUUCAAGAUGAGCCUGAAGCUGUUUACCGUCAUGUUCUUCUUUGCCGCCGUCGUGCUGGAGCCGAUCAACCGGCACUUUGUCGACGAGACGACGGCAGUCACAAUGGUCACCUCGGCCGUCGACGACGACCCGGACGAGGACGACAGCUGGAACCGGGCCAAGGGUCACCUCUGGGCCUACCUCGUCUUCAUCUACUUCUUUACCUUCCUGACCUACUACUUCAUGAGCCGCGAGACCUUCCGCGUCAUCAAGGUCCGCCAGGAGUACCUCGGCUCGCAGGCCACCGUGACCGACCGCACGUUCCGCCUGACCGGUAUCCCCAAGGAGUUCCGGUCCGAGGACAAGAUCAAGACCCUGGUCGAGAAGCUCGAGAUUGGCCGCGUCGACAGCGUCACCGUGUGCCGCAAGUGGGGGGCCCUGGAUGCCCUCGUGGCCGACCGCCGGCAGCUGCUGCAGACGCUGGAGGAGACCUGGGCUUCGUACCUGGCACAGAAGCCGGAACGUGCACCGGCUGGUGUGGUGCGGCGCGACGACGAGGAGGAGGGCCUACUGCCUGCCGACACAGACGCGCUGCUGAGCAACAGCGACGACAACGUCGAGAACCAGCCGCUGCUGCGCAAACGGCCGCAAGUACGGAUCUGGUAUGGCGUGAUGCACCUGCAGAAUCGCAAGACAGACGCGCUCGACUAUUACGGCGAGAAGCUGCGGCUGCUGGACGAGCAGAUCUGCGCGGCCCGGCGCCAGGAGUACGAGGCCACAGAGCUGGCCUUUGUCACGAUGGACUCGGUGGCCGCCUGUCAGAUGGCCAUCCAGGCACUGCUGGACCCGCGACCAGGCGAGCUGCUGGCCCGCAUGGCACCUUCACCGUCCGACAUUAUCUGGCCCAAUACGUACGCCACCCGGACGCAGCGCAGGCUGCACGCAUGGGCCAUCACCAUCUUCAUCACGAUCCUGUCGAUUGUGUGGCUGGUGCCUGUGGCGUCGCUAGCCUCGCUGCUCAGCCUCUGCACCAUCCAGAAGUGGGCACCGGCCCUGGCUCACAUGCUGGCGCGACACGGCAUCACCAAGGCGCUCGUGCAGACCGGCCUGCCCACCGCUGUCGUCUCGCUGCUCAAUGUGGCCGUGCCGUACCUGUAUGAGUUCCUCUCGUACCGCCAGGGCAUGUUGAGCCGCGGCGACGUCGAGCUGUCGAUCAUCAGCAAGAACUUCUUCUUCACCUUCUUCAACAUUUUCCUCGUCUUCACCGUUUUCGGCACGGCUACCGGCAUUUGGGCCGUCCUUCGUGACAGCCUGCACGACACCACCUACAUCGCCUACGCCCUCGCCCGCGAGGUCCAGCGCCUCAGCAUUUUCUACCUCAACUUCAUCAUGCUGCAGAGCCUCGGUCUCUUCCCGUUGCGCCUACUCGAGUUCGGUUCCAUCGCCCUCUACCCCAUCGCCCGUCUAGCUGCCCGCACGCCCCGCGAUCUUGCCCGCCUCGUCAACACGCCGCCGACCUUUUCCUACGGCUUCUACCUGCCGACCGCUAUGCUCGUCUUCAUCCUCUGCCUCGUCUACUCUGUCCUGCCGCGCGGCUUUCUCGGCCUCGCCCUUGGCUCCAUCUACUUCGCUCUCGGCGCCCUCACGUACAAGUACCAGCUGCUCUACGCCAUGGACCAGCCCCAGCACGCCACCGGAGGCGCCUGGCGCAUCAUCUGCUACCGCAUCCUCCUCGGCCUCGCUGUCUUCCACCUCACCAUGUCCGGCUAUCUCGGCGCCAACAAGGCCUUUGUCCAGGCUACCCUCGUCAUCCCGCUCUUCGUUUUCACCGUCUGGUACAUGUACUACUUCCGCGCCCACUUUGAGCCGCUGACCCGCAAUAUCGCCCUGCUCAGCGUCCGCCGUGACGGCGAUGCCUCCCCCCUCUCCGACGACGAACUGCACAGCGGCCUCGGCAACCUCACCUUUGCCCGUCGUCGCCGUCUGCGCCGCACCAGCACCCUCAACGACGCCCGCGACAAGAGCACCGGCUUUGUGAACCCAAGUCUGGUCGUUCCCCUCGAACAACCUUGGAUCUACCACGAUCCUCCUCCCCUCAUCCCCGUCUCAGACGACGACAGCAAUGAGUCCCCUUUUGACAACUCCGACAGCCCCAAUAGCCUCGACCCCCAGUCCGCCCCCAACACUGGACCCAGCGUCGUCCCUCCCGGUCGCACGCUUGACCGCAGCGCCUCAAGCUCCUUCAGCCUCGGCGACACCCACAUCUGGCGCGACAACUUGGCCCCCGCGGACGAAUCGGCCAGCCUUUGA